AAAGCCACACACAGCGUUUCAUCUCCCAACUAGAGAGCACAUCCACAAACACUGAAGAUGCUGUUGUCGCGUGGACUCCAGUUUGCCAUCAGUCCUCUCAUGGAUGUGUACUGGCCUGUCCGCAUGCUGUGGCCACAGGUCAGACCACUGCUCUGCCAAGAUCUCCUGCAGAGAAACCUGAAGGAGCUGCGCAGCAACGUGGAGCUGAUGGAGAAACUUCAGCACAAGAUCCUGGAGGAGACAGAGCCUUUUAAAACCGCUGCAGCCCUGCAUCCAGUGUCCUUCCAGCUGCAGAAACAUGGAGAGCACUUUGGCGUGACGCUGGACACUCAAGACUUUUCCCCUGAGGAGCUGUCUGUCAGGCAGGUGGGCAGGAAGCUGAGAGUCAGCGGGAAGACAGAGAAGAAACAGGAGGAUGAGAAUGGGUUUCGCUCUUACAGACUCCAGGAGUUCAGACAAGAGUUUAACCUGCCUGACGGCGUGAACCCUGAAGACAUCACCUGCUACCUGGAUCCAGAUGGGAAACUCCACAUCACAGCAGCCAGAGCUCCGUGUGUGGAGGAGGUUGGGAGAGAGCUGAGUAUUAAGAGGAGCCUGGAGGAGAAAACACAGCAGAAUGUGAGUUCGUGCGCAGAAGGAAGCACCACAAAGACAGACAACAGCACACAGGACAAACCUGAAAGCAUCGAAUGAUAUACAUGUUGUUGUUCCAAAGCUGCUUAUCUGUUUAAUAAAAGUGCUCAGUGAUGCUCAUGUAUGAUUCUGUACACAUGUACUUGUGUUAAACCAGAAUUUUCAACAAAUAUAUUAAAUGUUUGGCUUUGUCCUUGGA